AUGUCGUUUAAGUUUAAUUUCGAUAUUGAAGCGGACGGGGAGGAUGUAGAGACGGUCGGCGUCGAAGCUACACCCAGCGUCCCCGUCGAGGAGACUUCACCGGGGUCGUCCAAAAUAUCUGCUCAACUACACUCCUUAGAUGAACUCAUCGCAAAACUCCCUCCUCAUAUAGCUUUCUCCCCCCUCGCCAUACCUCUAACCCCUUCAAAAACGAUAACCAUCCCUCGCCGUGAACUCUUCGACGUGAAGAUGCAGCUCAUGGCGGAAGAUAACAAUCCUUCCACAAAUACCAACCAAAACUUCAGCGCCGCCUUCACAGACGAGGAUAUUCGUACAAAUACCUACGAAGGCGGUCUCAAGUCCUGGGAAUGUUCAUCCGAUCUUGUCAAACAACUUGCUACAGACUCAGAAAUUUGGAUAAACUCAGAUCAUCGAAUCCUAGAACUUGGCUGUGGAACCGCGCUCCCAAGUUGUUAUAUUCUACAAACCCUAUUGUCGAAACCUAGCGAUCACAGGGUACAUCUGACACUCGCAGAUUAUAACAUCGACGUCCUCCGUCUUGUCACUUUACCAAACUUAUUUCUGGCAUACCUUCACGCGACCGAUAAUCUUCCUUCUACGGAUCCUUCUGUCACAGAAGGGUCGGAAGAAACACCAGAGAUAGAGUUAACGCCAACCGUUAUAUCAUCCUUCCUCUCGACUCUACAAUCCCACAAUAUCACAAUAUCGUUCCUUUCGGGAUCAUGGAGCCCAACUAUGAUCUCACUAAUCCACGGAGGACUAGAAUACCCUUCUACAACCUCAGAAACAAUGUAUUCGCUAUUACUAGCCAGCGAGACAAUCUAUUCCCCAUCAUCUAUCCCAGAUUUCGUCGACAUGAUUGAAUACGCACUGUCCAACAGCGGGAAGGGAUAUAUCGCAGCAAAGGACGUAUAUUUCGGAGUCGGUGGAAGUGUUAAAGAUUUCGUUGAUAUGAUAGAAGCGAAAACGUGGAAAUGGGAGAUUAUAAGAGAGGAGAAAAGGGGCGUAGGGGUCGGCAGGGUUGUUGGAGUGGUUUCUAAAAGUUGA